CUUUGUAAAGAAGCGAGUGGGCGUGUUUCUUCUUCUUUUACAACCAGGAAGUUCCUAUGCUGCGCCAUUUCCAUCGUUUCACGGACAGCAAGCGAGCUGCGCCAUCUCGGGACUUCGAGGACCGUGCAGUAAACGGUCGUACAUACUCCGCUAUCGGCAUAUUUAAUUAACCGACAACAUCAGAUCUCAGAUCUAUCUAUGUUCGGUACACACUUCGACUCAAAGUUUGCCAACAACAUUGGAUGGUAUGUCGCUAUCUUGUUAACGGGAGUUUCGUGGUGUGUAAUUGUUAGCUAGCUAAGUGCUAACUAUUAGCUAGUUAGCUUGAAGUUAUCUUAAAUUUUUACAAGUCGAUGUAUCCUCCAUCGCCGCCUCCACGGGAUUUGGAAAUCAUGCUGGGCGAGUCACUAGGUCAUUACAUUGAGUUGAACCUCGAUAACGUCGAAAAUAACAAGCCACAAGCCUUGACCUCUCACAAUGCUGGUGCUAACCUAAGCAAAACAAGGCAAACCUUGUUAAAGAAAGGGGGGAAGAAAGUGCGUUCGGCGUCGUCGGGGUUGCAGCGUCCCCACCACCACUGCCAGCAGCCUAACCAGAAACACCAAGUCUUGCUGAGGAACAACCCCACGCGCCUCGCAGACAUCAACAACAACAAUGUCGCAGUUUCGUCAAAGUCCCAAGCGCAGUCCAACAUUGAGCUCGCUAAUGGUCGCACUCAGUCAACAGUGUUGACUCUUCAUCACAAACAGGGAACAAAGGAGCUGUUGAAGUCAAAAGGCGGAAAAGUUGAGCGAUGUACCCUUCAGUCCGGAGGCCAGUCCGUUCACAGCUUAAGUAAACAUGAUCAGCCUGUUCAAAAUCUGAACGCUCGGAGUCACCGGGCCAAAUACAGCCAUGCGCCUGGCGGUACUCAGUCCACUAAGAAGCCAGACAACGUCAACCAGAAGAAACCCAUUUCCCCCUUCCAGCACCACCUCAGCGAUGUAAAGCCCUUCAACUCACCCGACAACGCCACGGUUGUCAGCGCCAUCUCAGCGGUGCCAGCGUCCGAGGAGGAGCUUAGAGACGGUGAGAAGAUUUAUGCUGGAGCUAAAUUCAGCGAGCCCCCCUCUCCAAGUGUGCUGCCGAAACCACCCAGUCACUGGGUCGGGAAGAACAGGGCCCAUCAUCCAGACCCCAGCCGAGAGCAAAUGACUGUUCAUUUGAAGUCUCUGCUGAAAGUUCAGGAUUAGCAGUGAUCACAUUGUUUAGUUUCUAGAAAACAGCCCCUCUCCUCAGCGCUAAAAUUCGGCUUUGAGGUAAUCCAGCACUGGAAGUGUGACUUCCUUCAACAGAAUGUAUUGAGUUUUGUUCUGUAAUACAAUUUCAGCAAAAGUGGCCUUGUGUUAAUUGGGUUUUUAAAUGAACAUGUGUAAAUGUACAUAUUGUAAACAUGUAAUAUAAUUGUAUAUGUUUCAUGUUAUUUUAACUGAAAGUAUAGUUUUGUUACUGAAGCCUGCAAUCAGAUGUUCCCCUUGAACUGGUGCAUUUUUGUACAGUUCUGUGAAUGGGCUGCCAUACCCGUUGGGGCACAUUCAGUGUAAGAGAUUUUCUUACCUAUUUGCACAAAACUGAAAACCAACAUGCGUCCUGUUAGUAGCAAGCGAAGAGUUGAGAAUGUUAGGGGUUCUGUGAAUCUCAGCCCAUCGUGGCUGCUAUUGCCUGAAUGCACUGCAGAGACGACCCACAAUCUUCAGGGAAAUCUCUGGAAUGUCCAAGAAGGGAGUGACAAUGUGAAAGUAUCAAAAAUCAAGGAUUUACUCUCUAACAAGGACGUUUGCCGUGGGAAACAGACAUUCAGCAUUGACACUGAGUGUGUUUUCUUUUCAAUUUCUAGCACUGACAUUAUUUCUAUUUUUAGAUAUUUUCAAAAGACUUUGUAACUUUGUUUCACAUACCUCUUUUCCUGUUGGUUUCAGUGUUGCGUUUCAUUUGAAGCACUGAAAAUGUUUACCAAAAGUAUGUUUGAAGAUGAUUCAAGUUCUGUGAAUGAUCUUUAUAUUAUUAUGUAACACACUUUACCCCAGAUGUUUUGGAGCAAGGCAGCUUCUAGAUCUUGUUUUUUUCUGACUCAGUGAUGUCACACAAAUUGAGAAAUUGUAUUACUGUACCAAAAACUCAUGAUACAUUUUGUUGAAAGCAAAAAAAAAAAAUUGACCAGUGACCAAAUUGUGAUAUGUUAAAAGAAAUGCACUCCCACGUUGCAAUUUGAAA